AGUUUUUCCGCGAGCUCCUGGAGAACGCGGAGCGCUCCCUGAACGACAUGUUCGUGCGGACCUACGGCAUGCUGUACAUGCAGAACUCCGAGGUGUUCCAGGACCUCUUCACCGAGCUCAAGCGCUACUACACGGGAGGCAACGUCAACCUGGAGGAAAUGCUCAACGACUUCUGGGCGCGGCUGCUGGAGCGCAUGUUCCAGCUCAUAAACCCCCAGUACCACUUCAGCGAGGACUACCUGGAGUGCGUGAGCAAGUACACAGACCAGCUGAAGCCCUUCGGAGACGUGCCCAGGAAACUGAAGGUUCAAGUGACCAGAGCGUUCAUUGCUGCACGGACCUUUGUGCAGGGGCUCACAGUAGGCAGAGAGGUUGCAAACAGAGUUUCCAAGGUCAGUCCCACCCCAGGGUGCAUCCGGGCGUUAAUGAAGAUGUUGUACUGCCCUUACUGCAGAGGACUUCCCACUGUGAAACCUUGCAACAACUAUUGCCUCAAUGUAAUGAAGGGCUGCCUAGCAAAUCAGGCUGAUUUGGAUACUGAGUGGAAUCUGUUCAUAG